AUGAUGUCGCUAUUGAGACAGGUGCGGCACAUGUCGACCGCCGCCAGCGCGCCCAGCGGGUUCCUCAAGGUGUCUGCCGAGCAGAUCAAGCCCCUGCUGCUCGCCAACCAGCACAUUUUCGCCAAGGUGCACAUGCACAACAACGCCUACCUGGUGACCAAGGGCGACCAGAUGCGACUGCCUUACCGGUUCAAGGGCCUCAAGGUGGGCGACGUGAUCAACUUUGAGCACGUGAGCCAGAUCGGCUCUCGGGAUCACGUGUUCCAGGGUGACAAGUACAUUUCCCAGGACCACUUCAACAUCAAGGGCGUUGUGACUGCUCUCACUGCUGAGCCCAUGACCACCCAUGUUCACCAUCGAAUCAAGGACAAGGGUUACACUCGGACCCAGCGAAAGGUGCCCCAGACCAUCAUUCGAAUUAGCGAGCUGGAACUCAAGGCUUAG